CCAGUUUGCUUCCGCGCCUUCUGUAUUGAAGUUCUUAAGAACUAUCGAAAUUAUUUCCCGAACAGCCAAGCGACCGAGACACCAGCGCCAACCGGCCCUCCACACCGUUGCGAUAUCGCCGACUCUGUGCACCAACCCAGCCCGCAGGAGCAAAAGCCCAAAUCUACAUAUCGAAAUGGCCUGUGAGAAGAAUGUGCUUGUCCCGAAAGAGGAGGCCCACAGCUACCUACCAGAUCCCAUGAUCAAGAUACAUGUUAGCGAAGGCGACGGAUGCAAGACGUUUAACGUACACAAGACUCUUCUCACGUCUCGCUCGCGUUUCUUCGCGAACGCUUUGACGGACGGCACUAGUUGGCGUGAAGCAGAGGAUGGAGCAGUCAGAUUGCCAGAGGAUGAUCCCUCCAUCUUCACCCUCUACCUCGAAAUCCUCUAUCACAACCGUAUUCCGGUACGAGAGUCCGAAGCAAAAGCUGACCAAGCGGAAUGCCAAAAAGACAUCAAAGCUCUCCAGCAGGCAGCCUUUGAUUCGACACUAAACCAGUACGAGACACUCGGGAAGCUGUAUGUCUUAUGCGAUAUGCUCCAGGACGACCGAGCGAGCAAUCUUGUCAUUUCCGCAUUCGUGGAGAUAUCAUCAACGCUAAACCCAUACACCAAAAAAAACCACCACCCUGGAAGAGACCCCGUUGGCAUCGUCUACCGCAAUACGCCAGCGUCAGAUCCACUUCGAAAAUAUCUUACCGAGCUCUAUGUCUUUCACGCUGAGGAGCACUGGUUCUCCACUAUGUCUGCGAAUGACUAUCCCGCGGAAUUCUUGUUUGAUGUCAUGGCUGGCAUGGCUAGAGCGCGCAGCAAGCCGAGCGCCGCGUCUAGACUCCGUGAUGCCUCUAAUUAUCACCGUAAAAUCGAGGGCGAGGAAGAUAACGCCGGAAAGGACACUCUCUCCAACUCUGCCUGAAGUGGAAGAGCUACUUCUGGCACGCAUCGAAUAG